AUGACAAGACAUCUGUCCGAGUCUCCCAUCAUCCCUGAGCACUUCGGCUACUCAGACACCGACCAGUUCCAAUACCAGUUCUAUUUCAACACCCUGGAAGAGCGCAGCCACGGCCUGGCCUGCAUGGGCGCUCAGUUUUCCGCCGCCGAACCAGACGCUACCGACGAGCCUGACCAGGACUGCCUGGCCGAAGUGGUUCCAGAGAUGGCGUCGCUCACCAUCACGAAGCGUCGCAAGGACAAGAAGCGUCGCCGAAAACGUCGGUCCUCUCGAAACAAACGCUCCGUCCAAGGCGACACUGCGGACAAGCAGCCAAAGCCCCAGCCUCCGGGUGGCAGCGUCGCCUCUCGCCAGAGCGUCGCGAGCAAGAAUGACAGUCCCAAAGGGACUGCCGCCGGGCGCAGCGACGCGCUACAAAUACUUUCUCCGCCGCACACUACGUCAGGGCCCGGUGCGGCAGCGCUCGCGACCGCUCCGGCAUCCUGCGAUGUGGCUGCAUGGGUGGGACUGGGAGAGGCCCAGCGAAGGGCGCCGGACCGACCCGAGCAAGGCUGA